AUGGUGAAAUGUGGUCAGGUUGGUGCAUGGUCAGCGCACAUGGUGAAAGGCGGUCAGGUUGGUACAUGGUCAGAAUUUUUCCUGCUGACUUCCAUGGCAUAUGACCGCUAUGUGGCCAUUUGUAAUGCUCUACGCUAUUCUCUCAUCAUGAACAGGAUGGUGUGCAUCCUUCUCGCCACCACUUGCUGGAUUGUUGGUGCUUUAAAUUCAUUGGUAAUCAAUCUAAUGAUGUCUAAAUUAUCAUUUUCUAAAGAACAGGAAGUCAGUCAUUUCUUUUGUGACCUUCAAACAGUGCUAAAGAACUCCUGUAGUGAUACCACAAUCAUAAAGGCAUUAGUAGCCAUGCAGGGUUUAUUCUUAGGUUGUUGUCCAUUUAUACUAAUUUUGACUUCAUAUAUGUUCAUCAUGCUUACCAUCCUGAAGAUUCAAACCUCAGUUGGAAGACUCAAGGCCUUCUCAAGCUGUUCCUCACAUCUUAUGGUGGUCUUUCUAUUCUAUGGGACCACUUUGGGAUUGAACAUGAAACCAAAGUCUGAGGAUCAACAGGAAAUAGAAAAAGUUCUCUCUAUGUUGUAUAUUGCUGUGGUUCCAGUGUUAAACCCACUAGUUUAUAGCUUGAGAAACAGAGAGGUUUUCAGAGCUAUGAAAACUUGUUUUAAACACGUGCUUCCAUUUUAG